GCUUAUGCCUUAUAUACACACUAGUAUUCUGGGUAUGCAAAGAGGAUUGAGAUUAUGCCAGGUUGAACCAGCCUUCUUCAGUAUUCCCACCAUGAGUAUCUGUGACAUCUUAUCUGCACACAGCCUGUGUGUGUAUGUGCGAGCCCAAAUUAUGUCAUAGGUGCUCCACAAAGCCUGACUGCGUGACCUGAAUCCACAUGGGUGGGAUGAUUAAGCACCUAAACUCCAAUGUGAAGAUGAUGCUCAGUGGGUGAACAUUGGGCCUCAAAGCCUACCUAUCCAUUAGACCCAAUCCUAACGUCCCACAUAAAUCCUGUAGAAAGCCAUCAUUUGCACAGACCAGUCAGAGCCAUCCUAUUGAAAUACUGACUGAGAAACUCUGGACAACCAUCAUGAGGCUGCACUGUGUUUCUCUCGCUAGGGAACAAUACCGCAUUUGUGAUUCUUACGCUACUUACAAUAAAGUAGGAAAGGAGUGUGCAAAGAACUUAGUUGAUGCCAUAUUGCGGGGUUUCAUUUUCUCAGGAGGGGAUGAUCAUGUGUGAAUAGAAAGGAUAACCAGAUGAGUGGCUCUUGCAAAGAGUUCCUUCUGAGGCCUUUCCAUGAAAACUGGCUGUGGUGAUCAUAAUAUGCCUCCUGCAACAAACAUACCACUGCAUCCUUCCCAAGUUAGCACAGAUCAGUCAUGUUUGAAAUUAAGAAAGUCUGCUGUAUUGGUGCUGGUUAUGUUGGUGGGCCAACGUGUAGUGUUAUUGCUCACAUGUGUCCAAAAAUUAAGGUCACUGUUGUUGAUGUCAAUGAAGCUAGAAUCAAUGCCUGGAAUUCUGACACACUUCCGAUUUAUGAGCCAGGACUUAAAGAGGUGGUAGAAUCUUGCAGAGGAAAGAAUCUCUUUUUUUCCACCAAUAUUGAUGAUGCUAUUAGAGAAGCUGAUCUUGUGUUUAUUUCUGUUAAUACCCCAACAAAGACCUACGGUAUGGGAAAAGGCCGGGCUGCAGACCUGAAAUAUAUUGAGGCUUGUGCAAGAAGGAUAGUGCAAAACUCCAACGGUUACAAAAUUGUGACCGAGAAAAGCACCGUUCCUGUCCGGGCUGCGGAGAGCAUUCGACGCAUAUUUGAUGCCAACACAAAACCUAAUUUAAAUUUGCAGGUUUUGUCCAAUCCGGAAUUCCUAGCAGAGGGCACGGCCGUCAAGGACCUCAAGAAUCCGGACCGAGUAUUGAUAGGUGGAGACGAGACGCCGGAGGGCCAGAAAGCUGUCCGUGCUCUGAGUGCUGUCUAUGAGCAGUGGGUGCCCAAGGAGAAGAUCCUGACAACAAAUACAUGGUCCUCAGAGCUUUCCAAACUGGCAGCGAAUGCUUUCCUUGCCCAGAGAAUUAGCAGCAUCAAUUCCAUCAGUGCCCUUUGUGAAGCCACGGGCGCUGAUGUCGAAGAGGUUGCCAGAGCCAUUGGAAUGGACCAGAGAAUUGGAAACAAGUUUCUGAAAGCCAGCGUUGGAUUUGGUGGGAGCUGUUUUCAAAAAGAUGUCCUGAAUUUGGUUUAUCUCUGUGAGGCUCUGAACUUACCGGAAGUGGCUCGCUACUGGCAACAGGUAAUUGACAUGAAUGAUUAUCAACGAAGAAGAUUUGCUUCUCGGAUCAUUGAUAGCUUGUUCAACACUGUCACCGAUAAGAAGAUUGCUAUUUUGGGGUUUGCAUUUAAAAAGGACACUGGAGAUACGAGAGAAUCCUCCAGCAUCUACAUCAGCAAAUAUUUAAUGGACGAAGGUGCAAGACUUCAUAUCUAUGAUCCCAAAGUGCUGAGAGAGCAAAUCAUUCUUGAUCUUUCUCACCCAGGUGUAUCAGAGGAUGACCAAGUAUCACGACUAGUCACCAUUAGUAAGGACCCCUACGAAGCGUGUGAUGAGGCCCACGCUCUUGUCAUCUGCACAGAGUGGGACAUGUUUAAGGAGCUGGAUUACGAGCGUAUUCACAAAAAGAUGUUGAAGCCAGCUUUUAUCUUUGAUGGCAGGAGAGUCCUGGAUGACCUUCAUAAUCAAUUGCAAGUGAUUGGUUUCCAGAUUGAGACAAUUGGAAAGAAAAUAUCAGCCAAAAGAAUUCCCUUUGCUUCUUCCUGCGACAUACCAAAGUUCAGCUUGCAAGAGCCUCCUCUUAAGAAGCCAAGAGUAUAGGUUUCAUUGGUACAGAAAAGUUGGAAUAGAAGAAAAAAGAAGAAGAAAAUAAUAGGCACCUUUGAGCCACAAUAAAGCAUUUAAAAUGUUUUUAUUUCAAUAGGGGAUUUAAAUAUCUCCCUCUGAAAUCAGCGAGACCAUGUUCAGCUCUGGCUAAAUGGAAUUUAGUAUUUUUGCAUAGUUAAAAGGAUUUUAUAAGAACCAUACAGUAGCAUUGUAUCUGGGACAUUUUCAAUCCAGAUUGUGUUUUAUAAUGUCUAUUUUUCUAAUAUUGUAACUUCUAUCAAUGAAGUGAAACUAUACAGCCAUAAAGUUUUAGUAUUUUUUAAGAGAACAACCUGUCUGCUUCAAACUUCAAGACUAGGUUUUUGCAAGACUCACAAACUUCAUUUUAGUUUUUGAUGUCUUGGGUUAAAAUUAGAAGAAAGCAAGAACCCCCCUAUCCUAUUUGAUAUUGUAGUCUAUAUUAUACCAUGUAACAUUCUUCAUGUUGGAAGUUUGAAUUAGACUGUUGUCAGGUACGGUCAGUUUAUUCAGUUAAGACAUACUUUUUUGCUAUAAGAGUGAAGUCAAGAUAUUAAUAGAAUGAUGGUUGAGGGUAUUUGCAUAAAAAUAUGCUUAUUCCAGAGGGGGCCCAAGAUAGGAAAUAAUUGAUUCUGCUUUCUCUUCAGUUGCUGAUAUGUUGUCCAUCAGUUUCAGAGUUUUCUAUGGAAGCCUACCUUAGAAGCUAAGCUAAGUAUGUUUCUUAUUGUGGUUAAAAGCAAUCUCGGGACUUUAAUUGUAGUUCCCUCCACAUAUUGAAUUGAUCUGAUCUCAAAACAAUAUAUUAAGCUUUGAUUUGUUUAACCAUAGUUUACUGAAUAAAUCAAAAUGGUUGGGUUCAUACAACACACUAAGUCAAGACCAAACAAGGUAGAAUAUGGUUUAAGCCUGCCGUGUGAACUAGGACAAAGAAUACCCUUAAAUAUCUUGGAACGUGAACAUCCUCUCCUUUUUCAGGGAGUCUGAGACAUUAGUCCUACUGAUAUCCUUUCCUGUCUUUAUUACAAGAGAUAUUCCGGGGAUCUGAUUCUUUUGCAGCUUGCUUCAUUUCAUUUUGUUGUGCCAGUGAACUAUGGCACAUAAGAGCUGUAGAUAAUGGCAAAAAGGAGGUGUUUCUGUUUCUCACUUCCAGUGUGUUUAGUAUGACAUUGGAAUGGGAUCACUGUGUAAUUCUCACCCACAUUUGUACUGAAAAUCAUCAGAAUAGAAAUCCACCUUCUCCUUGGGUCAGCUGUAAACAUCUCUCCAAAUUGCCGUUUUGUCAAAACUGCCUCAAAAUUAAUGUCAAAUCAUUUUUCUUUUUUCUGACUCAGCCUCAUUGAUACCUUGCAUAAAGUAGUCUGGCUAGUUGGGAAAAAGCUAACAUUGUACCUGAGCUUGAAGCCAACAGUUUAACCCGACUACCACAGAAUUUAGGUUUUUCCUUUUUGAUAACUGAGUUAACAUUCAAGAAUGUUGUAGGAGCAAAAGUUCUAGACCUCUAAGAGAACAAAACCAUAUAUUAUGUAUUAAUCAGCUCACUACCUCAUUGCAAUGAGAGAAUAAUUGUGUUAUGUUUAGUGAUAUUAAGCCAAUGUAUUGUUCAUGUUUGUUACAGUGUUAAAAAGGCAGUUCUUCAUAGAUAAGGUCACAUUUUUCAGUAUAUUGUGUUUCAUAGCAUGAGAUCACCACCCCAAAAGAAAACAUAUUUCCCUCCCUCCCCCCAAAAGGAUUGGUUAAUAUAUUUUGUUUGACAGCAUAUGUAUUGUCUUAAAGUUUUGAAUUGCAUCUUGUUACUAAAAGUGAGAGGAUUCCAA